AUGAGCAGCAAAACAGCAAGAAAUAAACAGCAGCAAAUGAGCAGCAGAAGAGCAGCAAAAGAGCAGAAAGAUAGCAGCAAAAGAGCAGCAGCAGAGCAGCAAAAGAGCAGCAGCAGGAGAGCAGCAAACGAGCAGCAGCAAAUCAGCAGCAGCAGAGCAUCAAAGCAGCAGCAAACCAGCGUCAAAAGAGCCGCACGCGAGCAGCAGCAAAUAAGCAGCAGCAGAGCAGCAAAUCAGCAGCAAAUCAGCAGCAAAUGCGCAGCAGCAGCAGCAAACGCGCGGCAGCAGCAGCAAACCCCCAGCAGCAGCAAAUGUGCAGCAGCAGAUGGAAGCGUGCAGCAGCAGCAGCAAACGCGCAACAGCAGCAGCAACUGUGCAGCAGCAGCAGCAAACGCGCAACAGCAGCAGCAAUUGUGCAACAGCAGCAGCAACUGUGCAACAGCAGCAGCAAACGCGCAACAGCAGCAACUGCUGCUGCUGCGUAGCAACUGCUUCUGCUGCCGCGCAGCAACUGCUGCUGCUGCUGCUGCUGCUGCUGCUGCCGCGCAGCAACUGCUGCUGCUGCUGCUGCUGCUGCUGCUGCUGCUGGCGGACCUGUGGGCCAGAAGACGAGGAGUCCAAGAGCAGCGACGCAGGAGUUGGCGAAAAGCAGAAACAGCAAAUAGCUGCCUUUGGGAGCAGCAGCAAAAACGGGGUUUGCUUCGAGUGCUGCACUUGAAGAAAAAAGAUAAAUGUGGAAAAGAAAAGGCAAAGAAAAAGGCCCCACAAAGAGAGCAGCAGACAGCAGCCGCCACAGCUGCAGCCGCAGCAGCAGCAGCUGCCAGUCCAGCAGCAGCAGCCGCGGCGGCAGCAAACCCGUCGAGGCCAGCAGCGCCAGCAGCAAACUUGCUGCUGCUGCAGCACGAGUCACUGCUGGCAAAGAUCUCCACCACAACUCCGGGCCGCGCUCCAGGCCCCGCAGCCCGCCUACUCCCGCCUCCAUCACAAACCCUAAACCCUAAACCCUAA